GCAGAAGGUAGUUGUGUUGCAAUAUGCACCGCACUAAUGUGUGUGUGAGAGUUAGGUAACAUAAACCCCAUUUCCAUGCAUUUAAAUCCUACUAAAUAAUCCAUCAAACCAAACCUCAAACCAAACACUAUGAAACCCGCCGGAAUAUUCGCCGCCGUCUGCCUCCUCCUGGCAGUGUACUGCGCCGUCGACCCGUUCGACCACUCCGCCAUUUCCGAAUUCCCGGAAUUCGAGUCGGUUAAGAUUGAAAUGCCUGCGUGGUCUUCAAUUCCGGUUGAUAAAGACCCAGAAAACAUGCUCCAGAAAUCUGAAAUCAAAUUCCUGAACCAAAUACAAGGGCCCGAAAGCAUGGCGUUCGACCCGAAUGGCCGCGGCCCGUAUACUGGGGUUGCUGAUGGGCGGAUUCUCUUCUGGGAUGGUCAGAAAUGGACGGAUUUUGCUUACACUUCAGCUAAUCGGUCAGGCCUUUGUGAUCCAAAACCAUCACCGAUGAGCUAUUUGAAAAACGAGCACAUAUGUGGCAGACCGUUAGGCCUAAGAUUUGACAAAACAAACGGCGAUUUGUACAUAGCAGAUGCUUAUUUGGGGCUGAUGAAAGUGGGGCCCGAAGGCGGUUUGGCGACAUCACUGUCGACCGAGGCCGACGGAGUUCCAUUAGGAUUUACGAAUGAUUUAGACAUUGAUGUCGAUGGGAAUGUUUAUUUCACCGACAGCAGUAUAAAGUACCAACGAAGAAACUUUCUGCAGUUGGUUUUCUCGGGAGACGAUAGUGGAAGGUUGCUGAAGUACGAUCCGAGCAAGAAAGAAACGACCGUUCUAAUUCGAAAUCUCCAGUUUCCUAACGGUGUUUCGUUAAGUAAGGAUGGUUCGUUCUUUGUGUUCUGUGAGGGUUCGUUGGGCAGGUUGAGUAAGUACUGGUUGAAGGGCGAAAAGGCGGGGUCCACAGAAGUUAUGGCGGUGCUAUCUGGACACCCGGACAAUGUCCGAACGAACAAAGAUGGGGAUUUCUGGGUGGCGAUUCACUGCAGAAGGUAUAUGUACUCACAUUUCUUGGGGCUGUACCCUAAAAUCAGACAAGUGUGGCUAAAGCUUCCGAUUUCUGCGAGGCUGCAUUAUAUGAUGCAAAUCGGAGGGCGACUACACGCAGUGGUGGUGAAAUACAACGCGGAAGGGGAGCUUCUGAAGAUAUUGGAGGAUAGUAGUGGGAAAGUGGUGAAGGCAGUGAGUGAGGUGGAGGAGAAAGAUGGUAGGCUUUGGAUUGGGAGUGUUUUGAUGCCUUUUCUUGCUGUUUAUCAGUUGCAAUAUGUGUUUUCCCGACGCGAGGUGUUAAACCAGCGGCCCAUUCCAAGCUGA